UCUAUACUUAGACUCAACCAUUGUGCAACAUACAUGCUCAGAACAUAGCCAUGGCUAAUUACCCAUAUUUUUUCCACUACUCUUCUCUCCUACUGGCCAUGGCAAUGCUACAAAUCACUGGUGCUGUCCAAUUUGAUGUCAGCAACAUUGCCAGAACAUCCCCUGGUGGGCUCCGAUUCACGGAAGAGAUCGGCGUCGACUACGCCGAGCAGACCAUGGAAACCACCACAAAUUUCAUAUGGGACAUGUUUGAUCAACAAAACAAUGCUAGUGAGAGAAAGGACGUCGAGAAAGUCUCGAUGGUCAUUGCUGACUACAAAGGAGCUGAAGCGAUAACCUACGGUGAAACAAUCAUAGUCAGUGCACUGUACUUACAAGGCUACAAUGGUAAUGUGACAUGGGAGUUCACUUCAUUGAUAUAUCAUGAGAUGACACACGUGUGGCAGUGGACCGGGGCGGGCCAGGCCCCUGAUGGGCUCGUUGAAGGUAUGGCGGAUUACACGGUGCUGAAGGCUGAUUAUGAUCCACCGGGCUUUGCAAAGCCCGGAAUGGGGGAGAGGUGGGACCAGGGGUACGAUUUCACGGCUCGAUUUUUGGAAUAUUGUGAGGGACUUAGGCCUGGGUUUGUGGCAGUACUGAAUAAAAAGAUGAGGGAUGCUUUUGACGUCAGCUACUUUGAUGACUUGAUGGGAAAGCCAGUUGAUCAGUUAUGGAGCGAGUACAAGGGUAGUUAUGGUGAGACAGGGGAAAGAAAUGUCAGUGAACAUAAUAGGGUAAGAAGGUGGAGAGAAUGGAAGGCUAAGUAUGGGAACAAAGCAGGCAAUGUGUAGUUUAUUGCGUUAUGUUUAUGUUAAUGAAUAAGAGGAGUUUUUGUAUGGAUGUUUCUAUCAUUUUAUCGUGAUGAAUUGUCUAAGAAGAAGAUAAAUUAGACAAUGUAUUACCCACUUUUUUUUUUUUUCAAAUCAAAUAUGCAAUUCUAUGUUCACACAUAUUCUAACAAUCUUCUUCAUUGUGUAGGCUAGCUCCCCCUCAAGU